AUGGAAAAGAAGGGUAGUUGGUUUUCUGCAAUAACGAGGGUUUUCACACAUCACUCUAAGGAGAAGCAAGUACCUAAUGAUUCGGAGAACAAAAGCUUGAAAGAUAAGAAGAAGAAAGGCCUAGGAAAACUAAGGCAUGGAGAGACCAAUUCAUUCAUCCCCCUCUUCAGAGAGCCAAGCAGCAUUGAAAAAAUCUUUCGCGACUUCGAAAGAGAGCAACAAUUACUAUCUGUAAGGCCUCCAAUGCCUCUCGAGCAACCAAAACCAGCCCCUGUUGUCCCUCCUAGAGCUGCUUCUCCAAGGGCUCCUUCUCCGAGGGCUCCAUCUCCAAGAGCUGCGUCUUUUAGUUCAAUGAAGAAAUGAUGGAGUCGCUUUUUGGAUAUAAUACUGCUCAAGAAAAAUCUAAACCCAAAAUGAAGAAAGAAUCU